AUGUCGGCCAGCAGGUCUGACCGAGGGAAUGCAUAUGAUCAACAGCGGGUGUUGAACUUUGUCAGUCUAGACAGCGGCAGCUCUAUCUAUCAGGCGGUAGCAAGCGAGCUAUGGGCGAGGAGAGAGUGGAAAGAGCUGGCGCCUCCUAAGGACGGCCUCGGCACCAACCUCUCCAUGAUCAAGCACUGCAACGUGAUCCUUGGCCCCUGUCAAGGAAAAGGGAUACCUUGGGACUUGGUUUGCUUCGAGCAAGGCGAGCAGGUAGUGAACUACCUGCUCGGCUCCAAGUUCAUCACGCAGAAAGCCGAUCUUGCCCUCCUCCUCCGCAAGUACUUCGCGGCGAAUUCUCACGUCGAGCCCUUCAUGCCGCUCACCUACGUGGUUGUCCCCCAGCGAGGCGCUCCCAAAGUCUCUAGCGUGCGCGGGAGGACCCCAGUGAGAGGAUACGACGACCAGCGGAGUGCUUUCCUGAAGGAGAUGAUGGCAAGGGAGGAGGGAGACUAUGAGAACGUGUGGGUGGCGAAGACGAGCAAGGGGAGCAAGGGCUCUGGGGUAAAGGUGCUCCAGGGGUCAACGGCCCUGGACUGGGUCGAUGACACGUAUGGCCGCACGGGAGAGCCGAUUGCUGUGCAGAAGUACGUGGAAAAUCCCCUCUUGAUCUACGGGUUCAAGUUCGACGUGCGAGUCUGGGCCCUUCUGGACGUGGAGCUGGGUCUGUACGUGCACAGGGAGGGGGUCCUGCGGCUUUCCGCGCACCCGUACGUAGCAGACGACCUUGAGGACACGUUUGCGCACCUGACCAACCACUGCAUCGCCGCGCAGUCAGAAUACUACGAGUCUCUGUUCGAGGAGAACGAGAUGUUCUUCGACGACUUCAGGGACUUCCUUCGGAAGCACCACCAGGACGUCGACCUGGACAGAGACAUCUUGCCGCAGGUCAAUCGCCAGAUCCUACACACCGUUCGGGCUGUCUGGCCGAGGCUCAGGUUCAGCAAUCGCCCGGGAGGAUUUCAGCUGUACGGGUUCGACUUCAUCGUCGACAGUGACUUCUCUGUUUGGCUACUCGAAGUCAACGGAGCUCCAGCAGCAGCUGAUCGUCUUAAGGUCAAGAUAGCCCAGGACCUCAUCGACCUUUGUAUCGAUUCACGAUUCUCCCCCGAAUCCGAAGAAUACAAUGACUUCAGGCUGAUUGCACCGAUCGAGGCGCUGGGAGAAGAGUAG